UCACCAAAGCGGCCAGCAUGGCACUCUCAGUCCUCGGCUACUUACCACACCACACCACACCACACCACCAACCAUGAGCAUGAGCAGUGGUCCAAUCCACGUUGCCAUCCGUCCAUCAUAUCGGUUCUUCGUCACGUCCUGUCGCUCUGCUGUGGGUAUGAUGUCUUGUGGCUGCCGUCUGUGUCUGUCUAUUGUGAGUUGAGGUACCGACGCCACUUGAGGUAUGAGCUGCGGAUGCCCUGGUUGCUCCGCUGGUCGGGGAUCUCACCCGUGAAGGCCAACUUGUGAGUCGUGAUGAAACGACGCUUGCCAGGAGCAAACAGACCUGCAGGCGCAAAGGAGCCGUGUCUGCAGCCGGCAUUGGUCCGUGUGUGUGUGCGGUGCAUGCUAUUUCUUGCCGUGGUCGAAUUUGAGUGUCGAUGCGUUCCACUUUGGCAGAGUCGGGUUGGGAAUGGCAUUGCGCUGCAGAGGUGCACAGCCGCACACAGGGAGACAGGGAGACAGGAGCCACAUUGUGCGUGUCCGUCCCAUCCAUUCCAUGCAUGUGGCUCACUGACUGACCGAUCUGAAGGCCAGGGGGUUGUACGGGCCAUAAAGAGGCUUGCUGUCCAUCGAACAGUACUCGUACGGCCGCUUAACAUACGACAAGCUGACACAGAAAGCAAUGAGGGAGACAAGACGGUACCCGUACGUGUCUCUUCAGACACCCACGGGCGCACCCAUAUUCCGAUUUGUCCUUGAUCCGCCGCUGCAGCCCCACCGCCUCGGGGGUGCGGAUGGGUAUCAUCUUGUACGGCGUGGCGAAAACCUCACCACUCACGGCAAACUUGCCUGCAGUGCAGGGAGGGAGCGGAGCGAGACGCAGACAUCCAUCCACUACUGAUCGACACACAUACUCAAAGACCAGCUCCUACCUUACCUGUGCUGGUAAUCGUGUGGACGCCAUCAAACAUCUGUAAAGACACCGCCCGCCACAGAUCCCGUCACCACACACAUGAUGCGCCACGCACCUGGUGGCCGCAAACAUCUGCAACCAGAAGAAAGAGAGAGAAGAGAACAACGCAAUUGAUGCAGAAUAAGAAAGCGUCUCAGGGUCUGCUGCCUGUGGUCACUUACCAGGUCGGAGCCUCAGCGUCGGGUUGAUAAUUGUAGGAGCGCUCUGCGCGGAAACAACACAGCAAAUGGACCGACUUUGCGAUGCUGGAAUAUUCCAUUUUGCAUGGCAAACUACAUACCUACCUUGGGCCGGUUCAACCUUCGGGAGGUGUUGGUGACGCCAUAGAGGGAAGGCAGGCCCUCGGGAAUGUCGUAGCGCAGUCGCGUCUCAGUACCCAUGGCCAGCUGCUGUCCUCCCGAGACUAUGGGGGACACGUGAGACUGAGACGCCGGUGGGCGCCCCCAAAGCGCAUGCAU